AUGGCCGAGACGAAAGAGCUGCUGCUGCAGCUGCAGAAGGACAACCGCGAUGGUCGCCUGCGGAAGCAGGAGCUGGAAGAGCUGGUGCGCGGGCUAGAGGCCGAGAGCGAGAACCUCACCGGGCGCCUGCACGACCUGCGCGAGCGCGAGCGCAGCCUGAAGCGGAGGCGAAGCCAGGCGGCGCGAGCUCCUCGAGGGGAGGCGCGCGAGGCAGCGCGGGAGAGCGCGGAGCGGGCGCGCGGACAGCUGGAGGCUGCGGAGCGGCAGAAGCAGGACCUGGAGCAACACAACCGACAGCUGCAGGAGCAAUGGGAGGAGCUGUCCAGUCAGCUGUUCUACUACGGAGGGGAGCAGCUGAGUCAGCACCGCGCGGAGCAGCAACUGCAGGAGACCCAGCUGGCGGCGCUGCAGAAGCAGCUGGAGCUGGUGGAGGCCAAGUACGCCAUGCAGGCGGAGAGCCUGCGGCAGAGCGCGCAGCGGAAGGAAGAGGACUGGGCCAGCUUCCAGGAGCAGAGCGGGGUCCUGCAGGAGCUGCAGGGGAAGGUGAUGGAGGCGGCGGCUGCGCUGGACGCCUCGCGUGGCGGCCCGGAACCGUAUCGAGAUGGGCGUCGACGGCUGCAGGACUGCGCGGGAUCGCUCAUGGAGGAGGUGGCCAGGGCGGACUGUGAGAAGCGGCUAUUCGGCCGCGCGGGCGCGAAGUGCAUCAGGCUGUUGGCGCUGGGCGCACUGCAGACGCUGCUGCUGCUCCCGCUGGGCUUCCUGGCGCUUCCGCUGCUCUUCCUGGUGCUGACGAACCCGGACGCCAUCCGCUGGGGGCUCCCGCGCCUCGGCUCGGACGCCGCUUUCCGCCGCCUGCGCUACGUGCUGUCCCCGCUGCUCGAGCUGCGCGUGCACGGGCUGCUGCCCGCCUAG